GAGAGAGAGAGAGAGAGAGAGAGAGAGAGAGAGAGAGAGAGAGAGGAUCAAGAUGAGCGAGGAGAUUGACAAGCACGUGUUGAGGAAGUACGAGAUCAGCCAUAAGCUUGGAAAAGGGGCAUAUGGGAUUGUGUGGAAGGCGAUCGACAAGAAGACGAGGGAAACGGUAGCUGUUAAGAAGAUCUUCGAUGCUUUCCAGAAUGCCACGGAUGCUCAGCGAACUUUCAGGGAAGUAAUGUUCCUCCAGGAACUCAGCAAUCAUGAGAACAUCAUACGGUUGUACAAUGUGCUGAAGGCGGAAAACGACCGCGAUAUCUAUCUUGUGUUUGAGUACAUGGAAACAGAUCUUCAUGCCGUGAUACGUGCGAACAUUCUAGAAGAGAUCCAUAAACAAUACACCAUGUACCAACUCUUCAAGUGCCUCAAGUACAUGCACUCUGCCGAGCUUCUUCAUCGCGACAUCAAGCCUAGCAACCUGUUGCUCAACUCCGAGUGCCAAGUCAAAGUCGCGGAUUUUGGCCUUGCGAGGUCCGUUUCGCAGCUGAAGAAUGAGACUGGCCCAAGUCCUGUUCUGACUGACUACGUGGCGACCAGGUGGUACCGGGCUCCGGAAAUUCUGUUGGGGUCAACCAAGUACACAUAUGGGGUAGACAUGUGGUCGAGUGGGUGCAUUUUGGGAGAGCUCCUUGGGGGUAAGCCCCUGUUUCCGGGGACCUCGACGAUGAAUCAACUAGAUAAGGUUUUGGAGCUAGUAGGGCGGCCCAGCCUGGAAGACGUCGAGGCCAUAGAGUCGCCGUUUGCAGGCACCAUGCUAGACAGCCUGCCUGUUGCCCAGCCAAAGACCUUCUCGGAGCUGUUUCCGAGCGCGUCACCUGAGGCGGAGGACCUUCUUCGACGGCUUCUGCAGUUCAAUCCGGCGAAGCGGAUCACGGCAGAGGAAGCACUGAGGCAUCCUUACGUCGCACAAUUCCAUAAUCCGACCGACGAGCCAGUGUGCGACCGGACGAUAACUAUACCGAUCGAUGAUAACACCAAGUACUCCAUCCAGGAGUACAGGGACCGUCUUUACGCAGAGAUUGUCAGGAAGAAGAAAGAGAUCAGGAGGAGGAUGCGCGAACAACAGGCGCAAGAGCGAGCUGCUCAAGAGCGUGCGUUGUUGGAUAAUCGCCCUCAGGAUCGACCACAUGACACUCGGUCUCAGGAGCGACCUCCUUCGGAAUCUGCACAGGAACGACAGCAGCAGCAUUUGGAUCGGACACAAGAGAGGCAGGUUGCUCGAUCACAGUCACGCACAUCGCACGGUCGCCCAGGGCAGUAGUGAAACAAGUGUCCUCAGGGAAGAUAGCACAUUUUCGGGGAAACGGGGUAACUACGCGGGAGUCACAAAAACGAGG